CUGCCUCGGUAAAGAUCCAGGGGCGCUCAGACUACCUCGUCAGUGUUGGCAGCAGAAGAAGGUAAUUUAUAACGCCGCUGUACGGAUCGGAACAGACGGAUAAAGACAGCGGGUAGUCCUGUCGUGACUGAACACACAACUAAAGGACAUCUUAAGACCUACUGCGAUGCUGCCGAGGUGAUCUAAAUUGGUUAACCCGACGGUGGACUGGACUCACCUUUCAAGCGAGACUGCUAUGUUUCUGCACGCACCAAUGUCCUGACCUUCAAAACAAUCAUAUUUCACUGAGCUAUCAUUGGACAAAGCUGUCAUAAACUUUCUACCCCAGGCAUCAUGUCUUCCAGAGAGCGCCGUUCCGACGUGUACAUAAAGGCAGAGCCCAGUAGUCCAGAGGGUGGUGGAGGAGGACGCACCAGUCCCGGUGGAGCCUCCUCAGACUCAUCACAGAGUGGAGGUGGUGGGACUAGAGGAGACAGUGCUAAGCGGUACUCUCCUCCUCUCUACACACCAGCUUUACGUUGUCACUUUAAGGACGAAGGUGGUGAUGUAGCUGAAGAAGGCUCCACUGGAAAUGGGGCGGGCCGCUGCAAGUAUGCCCUCAGUACACUACCCAAACGGCUGUGUUUAGUUUGUGGUGAUGUUGCCUCCGGUUACCACUACGGUGUUGCCUCAUGUGAAGCCUGCAAAGCUUUCUUCAAGAGAACCAUCCAAGGUAACAUUGAGUACAGCUGUCCAGCAUCAAAUGAGUGUGAAAUCACCAAAAGGCGUAGAAAGGCUUGCCAGGCAUGCCGCUUCACCAAGUGCCUCAAAGUAGGCAUGUUAAAAGAGGGAGUUCGCCUUGAUAGAGUCAGAGGUGGAAGACAAAAGUACAAGAGACGACCAGAUGUGGAAAAUGCUACAUACCAGAAUGCCCCAUUGCCACUCACCAAGGAGAGUGAAAAAGGUUCCUCCAACAUCAUUGUGUCCCAUCUGCUUGUGGCAGAGCCUGAAAAAUUAUUUGCCAUGCCGGACCCACUGCAGCCCGACACAGCUCAGCGUACACUAACCACCCUCUGUGACCUGGCUGACCGAGAACUGGUCGUCAUCAUUGGCUGGGCCAAACACAUUCCUGGCUUCUUGUCAUUGUCCCUGGCAGACCAGAUGUCAGUGCUGCAGUCCGUUUGGCUGGAGGUGCUGGUUUUGGGUGUUGCGUAUCGUUCCCUAGGUUGUGAGGAUGAGGUAGUGUUUGCGGAAGACUUUGUCCUUGAUGAAGAGAUGUCACGAGCUGCGGGACUAACUGAACUAAAUGCAGCUAUUAGUCAACUGGCCCGACGUUUCCGCACCCUCAACUUGGACCGGGAAGAGUUUGUUAUGCUAAAAGCCAUUGCUCUCACCAACUCAGAUUCAGUUUACAUUGAGGACAUGGAAGCUGUGCAAAAGCUGCGGGACCUACUGCACCAAGCUCUGCUGGAGCUUGAAUGUCAGCGACGCCCAGACGACCCCCAGCGGGCAGGACGCCUCCUUUUAACAUUGCCUCUAUUAAGACAGACUGCAGGCCGGGCGCUCAACACCUUCUACAGCAUUAAGACGCGAGGAGGGGUACCCAUGCACAAACUAUUCCUGGAAAUGCUGGAAGCCAUGAUGGACUCUCCUUAGAGCAGAACAAAACUGAUUUUGUGAGACCAACAGAGAUAUUCAAGACGAUGAAGAAAUAACACUAGAGAGUAAUUAAGCAGCAGAACAUUCCCCUUUGAGCUGCUACAGUAAAAGUAGUCCAAGAACUUUGUUUUGGCUGCUUCUGGCGAGAUGGUCACCAUCAAAUUUCAUUAUGUGGCUUCUAAAUCAUUAAUACCAACUGAUGUAGGAACCCGACCUGACUACUACCGGUACUUUAUUUUGUGUUCACAACAAUGAACCACUGGAGGAGGCGCAAAUUGCAAUCAUUGCUGUUAAGACUUAUAAUAAUGCAAUCUCCUCAUAGAAGCCAUAGUAAAAUGUUUUAAGCAAAAGAGGGUCCAGUGAAGGGUCAGAUUGACAUGCACAUAAAGUGCUUGUGUUCACUGUAGAUUAGUGUGCCAUUGUAGGCAAAUUCAUAGGAAUUACUUGCAAUAUAGUAAAAGCAAUAUAAUGGCUUAAUUGUUGUCACAUUUAAAAUGUGGAUAAAAGAUUAGAUUUUCAUGUCCAUAUACAGUUGUUUACAACUGCUCAAGACUCCAAGAGCUGUUUGUUUGGGCUUGAAACGCUGGUUUAUAGAUGCAGAGCCUGUUAGCUCCGCUUUGAAAUCAGAGCUGUAAACCUUUUGUGUACAACAUAAUGCUUUAUAAAACUGUGCAAUUGAAGAGAUCUGUUGAUGUGCGUAUAAAUAUAAAAAAAAAAAAAAAUAUGCACAGAUAAUGAGUUCUACCCAUAGUAAUAUAUUCACUGUAGUUUCUAAAAAUCCCACUGCCAAACUGAAUAGGUGGAGGUGAUAUGCCCAACACAGUGACCCCUUGUGGAGGCAGGAGCUAAAUACCUGAAAGUUCUUUUUUUUUUCUUUUUUCAAAAUUUUAGUUUGAACAGCGGUACUUUUUGGAAUUUGUAUAAGUGUUGGUGACCAGUUUGGUGAGGCCUGUAUGUAUAAUAAACCCGUGAGGUUGUAACAAUUUUCUGCACCAAGUAAUGGAGCAUUUUAAAUUAGAACCCUCCUUUACAUUGCUCCAACAAACAUGUCUAUAAUGAGUUCAGGGCAACACACUUAAGUAAAACAAAAACUAUGAUCACUUUUAGAUGUUAACAUUGUGUCAUCCCUCAAAUCCCUCUUUCAGUUAGUUUUUUUCUCAUUAUGAGAGUUUCAAAUUACUUCUACAGCUAUUUGAUAUGAACAUCAGACAAGCGAUACUGUACGUAGAGGCCCAGGGGCCUGUAGUUAUUUAACCAUUCAUAGUUCCAUUUAAAUUGGUAGAAACAUGCAAUUUAUUAUGGAAAAAUAAAGCCAGCAGAUGUUAUAAAUGUCCCUGUUAUUUGUACUGUGUUCAUGCAACUUUUGGCGCACUAAAAUUUGUAUAUAAAACAACUAAACUGCAUUCACAUGAAGGUAUUUUUACUUGAGCAUGGGCACUGUUCUGGGGUUGGUACUAUGAUUAAGCUGAUCAAACUGAAUGUUUUGAAUUCAUUUUUUUUUUUUUUUUUUUAUGCAAGUUGUAUCUUUGUUGAACAUGAUUGUCUGGGAUCAGGCUACAGGGCUACCUCAGAGGGCAGUGUGCCAGAUGGCCAAACAACUAGUGUUUUUAUUUUGUUCAGGUAUUUGAUGUUUGGAAUACAUCUCUCAAGCUCUUGUUUUCAUUUCACAUAGCAUCUUCACUGAACAUGGUAUAAAAUAUUUCACAAAAUGUUGGCCUACAUUCUACAAUAUCUAAUAAGUUAUUCAGUGUAUAUUCUCGGACAGUAGCUCAGAGCACUGCAGGUCAUUUAUUACAAGCUCUAAACUACUGGGAAUCUUUCUUUCUUCUUUUUCUACUUUUAAUUUCACUUCCAUAUUUUCUUGGUCCCUACAACCAACAACAAAAUAAUGUUCACUGACACACAUCACAGGUUGGGUUUUUGGUAUCACUCAGAAUCCAGAUGUUGAGCCUGGUUCACUUUGUAUGUUGGGUGGGUGAGAUUUGAAGGGGGUAAACCAAGUCAUUUGUAGGGUCUAUAUAAUAUGUGCGCAUUAAAAUAAAUGAGCAAUACAAUAAUUUACCAAACCUCAUAUUCUUGUAUAGCAUCAGUGCAAAUUUAACAUGGCAAAGAAUAGCUACUUAAUAUGUAGUGCUUCAAAUCAAUGUUUGUACUUUGAAAGACUAUUUAAUUGAUUAAAUUCUAUUUUUUACUCAAUUUAAUGUUUUUGAACCUGGUUUAUUUUCUGUGUGGUAUUGGUUGUAAAUGUCACUGUGUAGGCAAUUUUAUUUGUUUGUUGUCUUUGUCUGAACAUGUUCACAUAAAAAUCACUGUGAAAAGUGAUCUCUAUCACUCUGUCACAAAGAGUGAGUUAUUUGUAGGUGCUUUGUGUUGUAAUAAAUUGGCACACCACCACAAUC